AUGUUCUGUUCAUAUACAGCUAGACUUUUUCCUCAUGGUGGUCGUGCCGACUACUUGGUAUUGCACCUUUCGGACCUCGUACGAAUGUCAUUUAUGGGUGCCACAAGUGAUAAUACGGAACUGAGAUUGGCUGGUCUGAAAUCGCUACAGGAAGUGAUAACUCGCUUUUCUACUGUACCCGAACCCGAAUUUCCUGGCCAUGUGAUUUUGGAGCAGUUUCAAGCACAGGUGGGAGCUGCUCUUCGUCCCGCAUUCACUGAGGACACUCCGAGUGAUGUAACAGCCGCCGCCUGUCAAGUAUGCAGUACAUGGAUCGGUAGUGGAGUUGCUAGAGAUUUAAAUGAUCUACGACGGGUGCAUCAGCUCCUUGUGUCAUCAUUACGCAAGUUGAAGCAUGGUUCCAUCAAUACGCAGUUGUAUAGCGAAAGUGCUGCAACACUAGAGAAGCUGUCAAUUCUCAAAGCAUGGGCUGAGGUAUAUGUGACAGCUGUUGCUCAAGAAGCGAAGUUCAACGGAAAUCGUAAUAACAAUGAUGAAGAUGAUAACAUUUUUGCUAGUUCAACGGAAACACUUCUAUCGCUAGUUCGUCCAGAACUUGAUUCCCUGGUCAGUUACUGGCUGGCCGCUCUUCGGGAUUCCGCCUUACUUUCACUUCCAGCUCAGUUUUCGAAGCAACUCCCGCCUUCGGGUGGUGCAUUUUAUAAGGCAGAAAGUGCUGAGGCUUGUCGUGAAUAUUAUCGUGCCAGCUGGCCACCCAUUCUACUAGCACUGGCAGUGUGGUUGAGCAAGUCGAACUUCGAACUGCCGCUAAAUGUGGAGGUAUCAGAAACAUGGCCGGAUAAUGAACCGGAAUCUCGAUUUCAUUUGAUGAUUGGCAUAGCUGUAGAAGCACUGUGUAGUCGAACCACGUAUGCGGACGACAAUACAAUACAGAGUUGUGUUCGGGCGAUUCACGCGCUGUUGCAGUGUGAAUGGUGUCAGCUGCAGUUAAUGUUAGACGUCAAACUGCCCAUCGAACUUUGUAACGUACUUCAUCGGUUAAUUUUGACGCGUGACAGCUUAACCAGUCAACAUUUGUGUGUCAACUGCGCUCUCGCUAUUUUAAAUGCAGCUCGUUCGUCUAUUCACAUAAGCAACACUAUUGAUAUGAAAAAUGGCAAUAUACCAAACGCUACAACUGGCUAUGGUGGUUUGCCGAAAACAUUGUACGCUGGAGGUGAAGGAGAUAAUGGAAUUGCUAAAGGAACAACUCUAACAUUUGCAUUAAUGGAGCUGUGCCUUUGUGUGAUGGUGCGGCAGGUGCCGUUGUUGUGCUCAAGCGAAGGACGUUUAAUUAUCUUGCCUGGUAUCUUGUACCUCAUAAUUGGUUUUAUACGCGAAUCGUCACGUUUGGAUGAGAAUAGUGUACUUCCCGACCUGCCAGUAGGACAUCUUACCACCGUCGCCACGGCUUCUCUUCAGGCGCUUCGCAACUUGGCAUCCUCACCACCCACGGAUUCAACGCUGUCAAAGUGGAUUACAAUAAUGCAGUGCGCUCUGUUUUCACUAUUACAACUUUGUGACGGUGAAUAUCGUAAAGACGAAUGUGUUCUGAUGCUGUCUUGUGUUGUACUGGCUUCCGUAGCCCCUAGCCAAGUUGUACUCGGUCAUCGUGAGAGUGUGUAUCGCUUUGUGCGACUUAUUCGUUCUCAACUGCAGAGCGAACAUGCUCAUGUUGUUUCGAAAACCCUACAAGCACUUUCGUCACUAUUAGCUCGCCGUGAUGUGAAUGCUCCGUUUAUUUCUUCAUUGGGUCAGGACGUGUUCAGUGUGAUCAGACCGUUCGUUACGAGCAAUAAUCAUAUGGAAAAUGUGAAAAAUAUCACUGAAGAGAAGUUGCAAGUUUUGCAAGAUGCUUUAAAAACAUUGGAGGUCACGGUUACAGUAGCCGAUGGUAAACGAAGUCUUGGAAUCUCAUCCAUUAUUGAAAAAGCAAUUGGAAAGUGCGUUAUUGUUCCAAUCGAGUCGCCAAGUGCAAGUGCAACAUGCGAAGGCAAAAGCAGUCACUGCUGA